AUGGCGACAGUUGAACGUCCAAUCGACGAAGUCUAUCGUUUCCUCGUCUCUCAUAGUGUCGUGAGGGAGGAUAUCUUAGCGUGUACUCGUUUGACUGCGGGGCAGUGGGGGGAUUUAAUGUCGACGAUGCGUCCAGCUGUGGAGGAGUUGCUGGAUCGUAGUAUCCCGUUCAGCCAGCAGAACGCGGCUAAUGUAGCUUUGGUUGUUGCCAGGGCGACCACACAGCACACGUUCCUCAACGGAUAUCGCAACGCGUGGCCCGCAGAGCUGUACAUCGAGCGCAACAUCAACAAUCGUCUGCGGGAGAUAGAACGCCGCCGCACUAUUGGUUCUGACUCGGAUGACGGUACUGCAGCUUACACGACGGACGAUGAUUCUGACGAUGCUCGUUCUUCCCCGUCCACGAUUCGUUCUCCCUCCGUCUCAUCCGACGUUGAGCUCCUCGGGAUAUGGGACCCAGCCGAUCAUCCGAUCGACUAUGGUUUUUGGCAUUUCCUGGAGAAGGACUGCUACAUCAAGUUGACCCAGUUCGCCGCGGUAUUCGCAGAGCUUGGUGUGACGACCUUACAAGCGUUUGACGACCUCAUCUGGGACCGCGGUGGUGCAAAGUUUGAGGAGUUCAUGGCGAGGGAUGGCGGCAGGUUUAACUUCUCUGCCUUCGAGGACUUUUGCUUCAGGCUGGCGGUUGGGGAUCGUAACAAGGACCGCGUUCACUGA